AUGAUUAAAGUUUUUUUAAUUGUAAAUAGCAGUGGAAAAAUUCGUAUUCGUCGUUUUUAUGAUGAAGUAGAGUGUAUUAAUUCUCUUUAAAAUUAGUCGCUAGAUAGCAAUAAAUUGAAUAAAAGUUAAUAUAAUUGACUAGCAAAUUAAGUCCAAAUAGUUGUAAUUUCUUUAAGGACUUGGAUGGAAUUUAUGAUAAAAAAUGUAAAAUUGUUAUGAGAUUUUUUGGAACUUUGUAUUUCAUUGCAGUAAUUGAUGAAGAUGAAUCUGAAUUAGGUGUUCUUGACUUAAUUUAAAAUAUUGUUGAUUUAAUGGAUAAGAUCUUUGAAAAUGCAUGUGAACUUGAUGUGCUUUAUCAUCCAGAUAAAAUGAAUGCUUUAAUUGAUGAAAUUAUUGUUGCAGGCAUUGUUGUAGAAACAAAUAUAAUGGAUAUACAAGAAGCACUUAAAUAGUAAGAAACUCAAAUUAAAAAUAAAUGA